AUGAUUCAUCUCAGAAUAGACCAUAUGAAUCGGAAUCCUGAGGAAGCGACUCUGACGCAGGAAGCGAAACGUCUACCAUUAAACGAAGGUAGUUGUGUUGACUCUGAUGGAGGUUACACCUUUUGGGACUCAAUACCUCAAAAAUUUUGUAAAGAAAACACUUAUUCUGUACUUUUUAAGGGACUAGUGACUAAAUUAGUCUCUAAGUCAGGAACAGUGUUUUCUGUCAGCGUCAGAGACAUAAGUUUUUCGCUUACUACUAUUGGAACUGAGGACUCAUGUGGUCUUUCUAUGUUGAAAACCGAACAUCCGCAAAUCUAUCCACCAUUACCAACCCAUGGAACUACUGACAACCAACCAACCCAUGGAACUACUGACAACCAACCAACCCAUGAAACUACUGCCAGCCAACCACGACUGUCCAUCAAAGCCACGUGUGUCAACGUAACAAUAAAGGUGUUGCUUCUUCUAGUGAAUUGGGACACGUGGCCUCUGGCACAUAUUCUGGUGAAUCCACCUCAAACCGCGUACUGGGAGUGGGAUGUAAUGGCAAGAUGCAAAUAA